UCCAGCACUUCCCGUUACCCACGCACCCGCAGACAAGAUGGCGGCGCUACGAGUGGCGGUGUUAUCGGGGAGUGGGAGAGCUCUCCUCAGCGCUCCUAAAACGAUCCACACACCCAAGGCCAACAUGUCCUUCGCGAGCCUGCCCCGGAACAAGAAGGUCGCCCUCACGACGCUGGGUGUGGUCACGGCCGGUGGUGCAGGACUCGCUCUGAUGCUGCAUCAGUCCGUGAAAGCCUCUGACCUGGAGCUCCACCCCCCUCAAUACCCCUGGAGCCAUGGCGGACCCCUGUCCUCUCUGGACCACGCCAGUGUUCGCCGUGGUUACGAGGUGUAUAAGCAGGUGUGUUCUGCCUGCCACAGCAUGGACUACCUGGCCUUCAGACACCUGGUGGGAGUGUCUCACACAGAAGCCGAGGUCAAGGUCAUCGCUGAGGAGGUCGAGGUCGUGGAUGGACCCGAUGACAACGGAGAGAUGUUCACUCGGCCUGGAAAGUUGUCGGACUACUUCCCAAAGCCCUACCAGAACCCGGAGGCUGCGCGGGCGGCCAACAACGGAGCGCUGCCCCCUGACCUCAGCUACAUCGUCAAUGCAAGACAUGGCGGAGAAGACUAUGUGUUCAGCCUGCUGACAGGAUACUGUGAGCCUCCGGCUGGAGUGGAGGUCCGAGAAGGACUCUACUACAACCCGUACUUCCCCGGCCAGGCCAUAGGCAUGGCCCCGCCCAUCUACAACGAGAUUCUAGAGUAUGGCGAUGGAACCCCUGCCACCAUGAGCCAGGUCGCGAAGGAUGUGUGCACCUUCCUGAGGUGGGCGGCCGAGCCGGAGCACGACCAACGCAAACGCAUGGGACUCAAGAUGCUGUUGGGCUCGGCCAUCCUCAUGCCUCUGCUCUACUACCUGAAGAGACACAGGUGGUCUGUGCUCAAGAGCAGGAGGAUCGCCUACAGGCCUCCAAAAUAAGAGCCCCACGUCCCCAGAGCUGGGCCGACAACCUUCCAGCAGAGGCCGCUGCGUUCACCGACGCCACCACAUUCAGCUCACAUGGACACGGAACAACUGACAGACGUACUCCUGCCUUUCUAAGAGGAAAACAUAAGGAUUUAAAUAUAUAUAUAUAUAUAUUACCAUUACUAUUCUUUCAGAAUAAAAGCCUUUUUAGUCGUUGGCAUGGCAGAACUAACACCUGAGGGCAGAUAUUUUACUAUCUGCAGUGUUGUUGUGCAAGUUUGUGUUGGAGAGUUGUGGCGUUCCUGAACGCACCGCCAGAGUUCACAUGUGUUCAGUCCGAGUCAUGGCCGCUGUCCGCCUCACGUCCCGACGUGACUUUGUCACAGAGAAAUAAAUAAGAAGCAUCGCUCCCGUGUUUGUAAGAUACUCAGUCACCACAUGAGGAACGCUCUCCUCUGUCCUCCACUCAAAACCUCUCAGUGGAACUAAUGUACCUCUGUUGUACUGUACAAAAUAAAUUAUGUCCAAGAGAAAAACA